AUGAAGUAAACUAUAUCUUUUCCUUUUUUGAUAGUAAUAUGCUUUGAAAUUCAAACAUAUUUUUGCUGGAGCAUUUCAAUUUUACCGCAAAAUUACCCAUAUAAAUAAUUUUAAAUAAGAUAAUCUAAUAUCGAGGAAUAAAGUGCGUGUUUUGGAGUUUGGAGUAAAUAUGUUCCUUUGAGUAAUAUUGUAUAAACAGGAGAAUAUGGAAUACUUGAUAGUAGCUGCUUUCAUUCAUUUAGAAUUCAAGAAAAGGAAGAAAACAAUUUAUAUUUUUUAUACUUUGAAUGCAUAAAUUUUGAGGAAAAAAUUGUUAAGAAAUACUUUUAAUUUUUAGAUAGUGAUAAUAGAGUUACAACUGAAUAAAUUUCAAUAGAUUUAAUUUCUUAUGAAGGUGUUUGGUAUUUCAAUGGAUUCUUGGCAAGUCCUUUAGAAAAAAGAGUAACCAUAUAUAUUAAGGAAUAAUCAUUAAAUUAAAUAUUUUCCAAAGAUAUAUAUAUUAGGUUUCCAUUUAAAGAAAAUAUUUUUAUUUAAAUUAUUGGUGGAGAUUUUAAAGUAGAACAGACAUCAAAAUUUUAUUUAUUUGAAAAUAAGUUACUAUCAUAUUUUCCAGGAGAAAUAUAUUAUCUUUAAAGUUGUUAUUAUGAUAUACCUGAUGAUUUUUUGGAAUUAAUCUAAUCAAGGAAUUAUAAACAAUGUAAUUGCAAAAAUAAUUAAAUAACAGAUUUACCAGAUGUUAACAUCUAAAAUUAAGAUAAUUAUGAAUUUUUAUCCUAAAAUACUAAUUGUUAAUAAUUUUUAUUAGCAGGAUGGAUAAAAAUUUUAGAAAUUCAUAAAAUUUCCAAUGAAUUUUAGUUUUAGUUAUUUAAAUUAAUGGGUAAUUUUUAACAUCCUUAAUUAAUUUAAGAAAAUUUAUGUGCAUUUUAAUUAUUUUACUAAUUAUCUACUUAAAUAAAUUAAAUAAUUGUAACUACUUAUAGCUAUACCUUACCUGUUAUAAAUAUUGAUUUUUCAACUAAUCCUUAUUUAAAGAAAAUAAUAUUUGAUGUGACAUAUGAUAUUUAAUUGUGGCAUUAUCUUCUUGUUGAAAAAUCAGAUAAAUUUAUUUCAAUUACUAUUACAUUUUAUUAGGGAUAUAAUUAAGAAAAAUUAAGUUUUACUUUAGAGGUAGUUUAAUUCUAAAUGGUUUAAUUAAAAUUGUUAUAUGGAAAUAUUUUUUAAUCAAAAUCUGAUUAUUUAAAUAUUCAACUUGCAGGAUUUUAAAUAUUUAAUUGUCCUGAUUUUAAUAAUCUGUAAAAAGGUUGUCAUCCAACAUGCAAAGAAUGUGAUGGUCCAACAAAAGAUGAUUGCUUAUCAUGUUAUGAAUUUUCAAAUAGAAGAUAUAUAUCAGAAUUUAAAGUUUGUAUUUGUGAAUAUGGAACUAUUGAUUAGAAUAAUGAAUGCGUUAAUUAUUAAACAUUAUAACUAAAUAAGAUUGAAGUCUAGUAAUUUCAAAAAUUAUGUCAGUAUGGUUUUUUUGAAAUUGAUAAUGAUUGUUAUCAAUGGUAUAAUUUAUUUAUUAUAUUUUAGUCCAUCAAUAAUUAAAAAUGAUAUGAUAACAUGUUUAGAAUGUAUUUUAAAUCCAAAAACAUGGAUUAAUACUCUCUUUUGUUAAACAUCCUACCUUGUUCAUUAAAAUGGAAGUGUUGCUAAAAAUUUUUCAUAUGAAAAUUUAUAAUACGUAUUCACAGGAGAUGAAUUAACAUACUGUCCUAAUUGUGAUUUAAAUUUGAAAGCACCAUACGAUUUAAUUGAAGCAUCAUUAAUAUUCAAAAAUUUCUGUUCUUCCAGUUAAUCAAUAACUGAUAAUUGUUAUUUUUGUUUCGAUAAAUGUGAUAGAUGUGCAAUAUUACCAACAAAUCUAUUAUGUGUAGAUAGGACUGCAAAUGCUAGUUUUGCCAAUAAUACUUGUUAUGCUCCAAAUUAUUUAAAUUUUUAUAAGAAGUGUGUAAGUUGUAAACUAGAAAAUUGUUUAUAUUGUUUUGAUUAUUUAGCUAGUGAUCCAACAAAAUCUACACUUGAAUAUUUAGAAAUUUUUUCACUUAAUGAUGAAGAGAUAAAAAUAGGAUGCGCUUAGUGUAGAGAAGGGUUUAUCUUUGAAUUUAAAACAUCAACUUGUAUCAACUAAAAACCAAUAUAAUAAAAUUGCCUAAGAUCUUAUAUUAAUCUUGAUGAUAAAGAAAUUUGCACACUAUCAAAUGAUUUCUCUAUAUCUUUAGAAAAAAUAAAUUGCCAAAACCUUAUUCUACAUUGUAAACAAUGUAUCAAAACUAUAUAAACAACAAUAAAAUGUAUAAUUUGUGAGGAUGGUUAUAUUGUGUCUUCUAUAACAGGAGUUUGUAGUAUUUGUCCUAUUUUAAAUUCAAAAUAAUGCUAAUAAGAUAAUUUAUUAGAACCAGGGAAAUGGCAAUUUCAAGGUUUUGUAAUUUAAUUCUUGCCACCUAAAACUAGAAUAAAUUAUGAUGUAUCUAGAUCAUACUCAAUAGUAAUUGAGUGUCUUCAAGGAUAUCGAAUUUUAGAUAAUCAAUGUUAACAAUAUUGUGAUCAAUUUUGUUCAGUGUGCGAAUCAGAAAAAAUUGCACCAUCUGCCACAUUUUAUUGUUCUUAAUGCAAGAGAAAUUAUUAUAAAGAAAUAAUUAGAGUAUAAGCUGAUAGAUAAUGCAUAGAAUGCCCUUCAUUAUGUUAAGUUUGCUAGAAAAGAUCUACUGAUGAAAUUAAUGUAUGAGAAAUAAUUAUAAUAGCAAAUAAAUCCUUAUUUUAUAUAAGAUGCAGAAAACUCAAUUUAUACUUAAAGGUGCAUCUAAAAAGUUCCAUUUGACAGCAAAAUUCAUAUUGAUCCAACCCUAGCGAUUGCUUAAUAUUGUUAUUAAGACAAUUGUAACUAUAAAUUAGAAAUUAUAUAUGUAAUAUUACAUUCACUAACUUAGAAUGAUAUAAAAUGCAAUUAAAUAGAAAUUAUAAAUGAUGCUGAAUAUAUUUAUAAAUAUUUAAAUGAAAUUGGACUCAAAUACAUCACUAUCAAAAUAAAUUUAGAACAAAAUUGCGAAUUUUACACUAAUGAAUAUAUAUUAAAAAACUAUUUUAAGGAAAAUAUAUUUUCAAUAAGGUUAGCCGAAUUAAUUGUUAAUGGUAGUGUAAACCCUAUAACUUUUUUUAAAAAAAGUAUUUUUUAAGUUUAAACAUAUGAUUAAAUUGUAAUAAGUAAUACUAUUUUUGUAAUAUUGUAUUAACUGGAAAUGAUAUUGACAAAUAGAGGUCAAUCAAUUAAUUUUUACAUUUUAAAUACAAAGUUUUAUACAGAUUAAAGCUAACCUAUAUAAAUAUCUAUUAAGUCUGAUAGCUUAUAUUAAUUAAAUAUAUAAAAUUUGACAAUUUCGGAUAUAAGUAUUGAAAAUUCAAUAGUUUUUGAUAUAUUAUUUUAAGGUUUGA